AUGUCAUGUCAUGUCAUGUCAUGUCAUGUCAUGUCAUGUCAUGUCAUGUCGGAACUCUUGGACGCUUUUCAGUGUGCGACGAAUAAUGAUGAUGGUCCGAUUGACAAUGGGACGAUUCGAUUCUUGUUGGACACGCUGGAGAAUGCGACGGAAGAAGACUGGGAACCCAUCUUGGAGCCCUUUGUGUCGGAUCCUUCCGCCAUUGUGCAAGUGUUGUUACUACUAAAAGGACAAUGCAAAGACACUUCUGUUCCCGACCAAGUGGCCCAAGCCAAGGAGAUUUUGCAACAAUUGAACAGUAGUAGUAGUACAGAGAUUGACAAAGAAGAAGCACUGACGUCCGACAAUGUGCUCCUCGGUGGCGACGACAACAAACCAAAGUACGCGUCCAUUCCAGGGGCUCACAACCGAGCCAUUUCGCUGCGACAGCUCCGCCAAAUUUUGCAGUACAUUCAAGCACAGCAAGAUCCGCAUACGGGCACAUUGCCCUGGGUUGAUCACACUAGUGGAGAACCAUUGACCGUCUCGACCAUGAACUUGUAUCAUGUGGUGGACUACAUCAUCAAGCCCUUCACGGCGCCGUAUUGA